GAGGAGCGUGAGGAGCUAGACCAGUCGCUAUGAACGUGACCAGCUUGUUUUCAUUCACGAGUCCGGCUGUGAAGAGACUUCUAGGGUGGAAACAGGGUGACGAGGAAGAAAAAUGGGCAGAGAAAGCCGUGGAUGCUUUGGUGAAAAAACUGAAGAAGAAGAAAGGGGCCAUGGAAGAGUUGGAGAAAGCCCUGAGCUGCCCGGGGCAGCCGAGCAGCUGCGUCACCAUUCCCCGCUCCCUGGACGGCAGGCUGCAGGUGUCCCACCGCAAGGGACUGCCUCAUGUCAUUUAUUGCCGCGUGUGGCGCUGGCCUGACCUCCAGAGCCACCAUGAACUGAAGCCUCUGGAGUGUUGUGAGUUUCCUUUCGGUUCCAAGCAGAAGGAGGUCUGCAUCAACCCCUACCACUACAAGCGAGUGGAGAGCCCUGUCCUGCCUCCCGUGCUGGUUCCCAGGCACAGUGAGUAUAACCCUCAGCACAGCCUCCUGGCGCAGUUCCGCAACCUGGGACAAAAUGAGCCGCACAUGCCGCUGAACGCUACGUUUCCGGACUCCUUCCAGCAGCCCAGCAGCCACCCGUUCCCCCACUCGCCCACCAGCAGCUACCCCAACUCCCCAGGCAGCAGCAGCAGCACCUACCCUCACUCGCCCACCAGCUCAGACCCGGGCAGCCCUUUCCAGAUGCCAGCUGACACCCCUCCACCUGCUUACCUGCCUCCUGAAGACCCCAUGGCCCAGGAUGGCUCUCAGCCAAUGGACACGAACAUGAUGGCCCCUUCGCUGCCCUCAGAAGUCAACCGAGGAGACGUUCAGGCUGUUGCUUACGAGGAACCAAAACACUGGUGCUCUAUUGUGUACUAUGAGCUCAACAACCGCGUGGGCGAGGCGUUCCACGCAUCCUCCACAAGUGUGUUGGUUGACGGUUUCACUGAUCCUUCCAACAAUAAGAACCGCUUCUGCCUUGGGCUGCUCUCCAACGUUAACCGGAACUCCACUAUUGAGAACACCAGGCGACACAUUGGGAAAGGGGUCCACCUGUACUACGUUGGCGGAGAGGUGUAUGCCGAAUGCCUCAGCGACAGCAGCAUCUUCGUGCAGAGUCGGAACUGCAACUACCAUCAUGGCUUUCACCCCACUACUGUCUGCAAGAUCCCCAGUGGGUGUAGCUUGAAAAUUUUCAACAACCAAGAGUUUGCUCAGCUGCUGGCACAGUCUGUGAACCAUGGCUUCGAGACAGUGUAUGAACUCACCAAAAUGUGCACUAUUCGAAUGAGCUUCGUGAAGGGUUGGGGAGCUGAAUACCACAGGCAGGAUGUUACUAGCACCCCCUGCUGGAUUGAGAUACACCUGCAUGGCCCUCUCCAGUGGCUGGAUAAAGUUCUUACCCAGAUGGGUUCGCCCCACAAUCCUAUUUCAUCGGUGUCUUAAAGGGCCUCGGGCUCUGUGUCUUGCAAACUGUUGAGCCUUGCAUGUACUUGAAGGAUGGAUAUGUCAGACGGGAUAAAGACCUGACAAGGAGCCGUGAUAAUACUUGACCUCUGUGACCAACUGUUGGCUUGAGAAAGUGACAGACCUUGGUAAUGUGCUGUUGACAUCAAGAAUCAAGUUUACAUCAUGUCACCCUGUUGUGUAAUCAACUGAAAUGAUGACUUUUAGCAGGACUUUUGUCUAUAGUUGAAAAAGGGAUGGCCAAGCCAGGGACAAAUUAUCUACUAGAAGAAGAAGAAAAAGAAUGCUCCUAUGCAGUCCUUUCAUUUGGAGUGCUUGGCAGAACGUUACGUGACUAGUCAGCCUUUCUGAAGUGUGCUUUUCGUCAGGUUCCGAGCCCACACCGAAUCAUCUUCCCGUGGGCUUUCGUCAUAUUUUAAAACUAUUUGUUUAGAAAUGAAUGGGGUUGUGUUUGUUUUUAAAGUAACGGUUAAUCUAUGACAUACACAGUAGUCUUUCUAAAACUGUAUGCUCACUACUGCUGCCAGGAUGUCGUCGGGUGUGUGCUCUUUGCUAAAUGUGUGUACAAAGUAUUUGGAGGUUAUGAAUAGUCUAAAUGGCUAGUGGAUCUAGAAAGUCUUGGAGGGGCGGGGUGGGGGGGGAGGAAAUGACAGCUGCAAAUAUAGACUACACCAUAGAGUUCAGUUUGUCGCCUUAAAUGAACAAACUGGUGUCUGAAUUUGCUGUGUUUCAGUUUUUUUAGAGUUUUAUCUGACUUUUUUCUUCUAUCUGCUCCACACGGCAGUUAAGCAGCUGGUUAAUUCCUGUAACCGUGAGAGCAAAUGAAUAAUUCCUUCUGUUUGCAGAUCUGCUGGCUUUGUGUCUCAGUACCCAGGACAUGGGAAGCUUGAACUUACUGAGCAGUUUUCAUGGAGUUCACAAUACAGACAUAGGCUUUAAUUUCCAGAUAAAUUGUUUGCCAAACCUAAUAGCACUCUUCACUCUGCACAGGUUUAAAGAAGGUCCCUAUUGGAAUCCAUUUCAAACGUUUUAAUUUUGUUUUUUGUUUUUUUUUUUUUUUUUUUUUUGUACUGUUUGGUUUAGUUUUCUUCUGCUAAUUUUUCUAUUCUCCUCUGCUCUUACCCAUUGAGUACCUUUUAUUCCAGCUC